AUUUAGGGCGAGCUGUGAGCCGACGUUGGACAUUGCAGACUAGACGCCCUUGGAGUGAACCGAGAAGAGCAUAUCACUGUACGACUGCUACGACGAACGCGGAAGGCAAAACUUCGAAACGACGAGAAAACCGUGCUGUGAGUAGCUACUGUGAAGUGAUUACGUAUCGGUUAAUUACUUCGAGAAGGCGCGUUGUGACAAACAAAGGUCCAGAAAGGAGCGUGCGCUUUUCGUCUUCUUCUUCGUGAAACUGAGUGUUUGUGAAAAUGGUGCUUUUAAGUAGUAAAAAAGAGACUUGCGUUAGAAGCCCUUUUAGUGUGAAUCAAGGUUCGCGUGCGCCAUCGGCUAUGGGAGCUAGUUCGUUCGAGUCUGCAGCGUCGGAUCGCUCUAUUCUGGGGACGUUGGCAGGACAUUAUUGCGUCUCGUUGGGCGCGGGGCCUCUGUGGUGCUCCUGAUGUCCCCCAUACGCUGAGCAAAUGGUCGGCCAAUGCCAACCCGUCGGGUGAACAGUGUGUGGGGAGCGCGAAGUCGCACCCGACCGGGGCCAUCAUCGGCGGUCCACUGGGAUGUCACCUGCCCGAUAAUGCAGGGGCGCUUAGGUCUGCCUUUAACUCGAUGGUGGGCACUGGUGAGAAGGAAAACGACGGAGGAGUAGUAGCUAGUGUUGUUGGUUUAGGAAGUGGUAGCGGGCCUGUGUGGAUCACAUUCCAGGUUCGUGACUCUAUGCCCCUGUGGGAGGCGGUCCUAGCUGGACAAAAUCUCGUGCUCACUGUGCCCGAUGAGGGUCUGCCCGAAGGCACGAAGCAAGCUAUCACCGAGCUCUUGGAGUUUGCCGAAGAACAGCUUCACGCGAAGACUGUCGUCGUGUCGCUAAAAAAGGAACGAAGCGAUCGUACGACCAUCAUCCGUACACUUAUGUACCUCGGCUUCGAGUCGCUCGCCCCCGGUAACACGCUUGUCCCAGCAGAGAUGCAGGAUCCUCAGCUGUACUUCAUGGCAUACACCAUCUAAGUGCUACUGAGCAAUCCAUUUAUUCAUUGUGAAGAUCUGUGUAAAUCUUAGCAGCAACAAGGAAACAGCUAAUAUAAAAAAAGCAGCAAAUAUAGUUGAGAUGGAAUAAUGAUGAUAAGUAUAAGAAAAAAAAGAGGGAAAAAUUAAAUGAAUGAACUAUGCUAAUAAUGCUAAACCGUAUCUCGAAACUGUAUCUCCACAUCGCUAUCAUUAGUAGCAGAUACAUCCAUCCAGUGUAAACAACGACAGUACGAAAAUACAAGAAACCUUCGUAUCGUAUCAUUAACAGCGAGAAGCAGUUCGUUGCGUAUGCAAGUCAAAACGCAAAAAACAGCCAAGGCCUGACAGAAAUCUGAAAGUACAGGGCAAACAGUGAUACGAUAGUGACUUCUACAGAGACAUUAAUGAAAGCAGCAACAAUAAAAAACAACAACUACGUUCUUUCCAGUAAUCUACCAAUAGACAUUUCUACCAGUAGAACUGUAGCAUAUCUUCUAACGUGUCGUUACGGAAGGCCGUCAUUUUGCAGGACGGGACAAAACGAGUUGUCCUUCUGUUGUGCGGUGUAACCUUGUGCAGGUGACAACUGCCGAACGAAAGCGUGCAUCCUAAAUCAGCCUGAUUAACUAUACCACUACUUGCUGCACAUACUUCGAGUGUCCUAGUGAGCUAGUAAAUAAAGCAGAUACCAUUAAGGCAAAGCAGCGGUAAGCUUGUUAGUGAUUCAACAACCGAUAACGGAUAGAAGCUGCAGAAGAAAAGCGAGAAAGCGACAGUCGACCACAACAUUGAAAUUGUAUCGAAACAGCAUUAAGGACACUAGCAUCUCACAUACAUAUAACUAUCCUUCGUAUAUUCUCCUUAUACUAAUAACCCACACACUUAUAUAAACAUAUACAAAGUGCAUCUCCAUAUAUAAUGUUUCCAUUCGUUGCGUAUAAUACUUUGUGAUGCGUUCUAUUGCUGCUGGCGUUAUCGCUGAUGAGAACGCACUUAGGCGGAACGCGUUAAGGAAAAAGACGCUGUCGCGUAAUAAUACUAAGCGUAAUUGAGCCAACGCCACGGGUAUCAUCAUUAUUACCCGACGUGGUUCAGGCAACUCGGCCGACCUAAGCGACUUAAACCUCAACAACAACCUGUCACAUAAUUACAUAUAGAAAUCUGUGCUCAUAUACACAGACGACUAAUAUCUUAUAACAAAGGCAUAUUUGAUUGAUGGAGAACGUUGAUAACAAUAAUUACGAUGGUAAUGAAAUGAUCAUGAUAAACUACUAAUAAUGAUAUGAUACUGAAAUAAUGUAAGUAAAGGGCGCUGCACGGAGAUAAAAAUGCAAAGUGAUAAAAUAUAAUGGAAAUUGAAUACCAAUUAUAAUAGAAAUAUUAUAACAGUUCUAUUAUCUAAUAAAUAUAAAACAAAGAUCCACUUUCGAUACACAGGAAUUGAACAGGAAUUGAACAGGGAAAAAUUAUUGAGUACAGUGGCGACAGAUAAAAACAUUUUUUGAAAAACACUACAAACAUUUUGCUUUGCAGCAAGAAAGUAACGGAAAACGAAAAUGAAGUAAUCAAAACCGGAACGUAACGCGCAAUUAAUCCCGUUAUCAUAAAAACAGAAAACCACCAUAAAAUAAAAUACCAUAUUGUUAAUGGUAAAUUGUAUAAAGAUGAACAAUGUGUAGGAAGAAAUGGUAAAUUUUUGAAAAACUGUUUAAAAAAUCGCCUAAAUAAAAAUGAAAAAAAGCCAACGAAUGAAUGUCCAUAAUGAAUGUCA